AUGGAAGAGAAAGAUGAAGAUGCACUCGGUACCAUUCAUACCAAAGUGUGGAAUGUGACCGAGAAUGACUUUGUUAUCCUUGAUCCCGACAAUCUCACCGACAAGGAUGAAAUCAACCAACAAUGCAAUAAUGCUGCUCUCAAUGCCAUAUAUCAAGGGAUUGAUUCAAAAGUGUUUGAACAAAUUAAAGAUCUUGAAAAAGCAAGUGAAAUGUGGCAAAGAUUGGUUGAGAUAUAUGAGGGCAACCAAAAUGUCAAGAGUGCCAAGUUGUACAUGCUCAAGGACAAGCUAUUCAACUUCAAGAUGGAAAAAGAUGAGUCCAUUCCGGAGAUGUUCUAUAGACUCCAAGUGAUUGUCAAUUAUCUCAAGAACCUUGGAGAGAAAGUAAAGGAUGAGGACUUCUCACAUAAGUUCCUCAUGUGCUUGCCAAAGAGAUUCUCUACUUUAAGAAGAAUGAUCUUUAGAGAAGGAUUGAGCAAGGUGACUCCAAAUGAAGUGCUUGGUGACAUAAUGACCGAUGCUCAAUACAAUGAUGAUCUUAGUGAAGGAGAAGAGGACAAGAGGGAAAAGAAAGACAAGAAAGAGAAGAAUAUGGCAUUCAAAGCUUCAUCCUCCUCCAAGGGCAAGACCAAGAAAGAAAAGCCAAGUGAGGAAGAGAUUGAUAGUGAUGAUGAGGCUAAGGCUCUUCUAGUCCGCAAGAUGGGCAAGUUCAUGAAAAAGAAGGGCUAUGGUGCAAGAAAGAGAAGAGACUUCACCAAAGGCAAUGGCAAUGGAAGGCUUUGCUUCCAAUGCAAGAGCCCCGAUCAUGUGGUGCUCUUCAUCCACCACAACCAACUCAAGCUCAAGUAUGAGUGA